AUGAAUCUGCGUUCUGUAUUUACUGUAGAACAACAAAGGAUUUUACAGCGUUAUUAUGAAAAUGGAAUGACAAAUCAAAGUAAAAAUUGCUUUCAGCUCAUAUUACAGUGUGCACAGGAGACUAAGCUGGACUUCAGUGUAGUCAGGACGUGGGUUGGCAAUAAGAGAAGAAAAAUGAGUAGUAAGAAUUCUGAAUCAGGAGCAGCAACAACAGGAACUGUUUCUGGUGCUUCUUUGGUAGCUCCAGAUGUUACAGUCAGAAAUAUGGUUAAUGUUGCUCCACCCUCAAGCCAACAGUCUUCUUGGACAUCUCCCAAUAAUGAUGUCAUUGUAACUGGUAUAUACAGUCCAGCCAGUUCGUCAAGCAGACAAGGGACAGCCAAACAUACAAGUACACAAAUUACAGAAGCACAUAAAAUCCCUAUUCAGAAAACAGCCAGUAAAAAUGAUACUGAGUUUCAGUUGCACAUUCCUGUUCAAAGACAAGUAGCACACUGUAAAAAUGCCUCUCUGCUCUUAGGUGAAAAAACAAUUAUUUUGUCAAGACAGACAAGUGUGCUAAAUGCUGGAAACUCUGUAUACAAUCAUACAAAGAAAAACUAUGGAAGCUCUUCAAUGCAAGCCUCUGAGAUAAUGGUACCUCAAAAGCCAUCUGUGUGCCACCGACCUUGCAAAAUUGAAUCAGUUGGAAUUCCAAGAUCAUAUAAGCCUGAACACAUGGGUUUAGCAUCACAUAACUUGUGUGGGCAAAAGCCACCUAUUAGAGACCCUUACUGCAGAACACAAAACUUGGAAAUCCGUGAAGUAUUUUCGUUGGCAGUUAGUGAUUAUCCUCAGAGAAUUCUGGGAGGAAGUGCCCCACAAAAACCUCCUAGUUCAACAGAAGGAACUUGUUUGUCCAUUGCAAUGGAAACUGGAGAUGCUGAUGAUGAGUAUGCCAGAGAGGAAGAGUUGGCAUUGAUGGGAGCACAGAUACCAAGCUACUCAAGAUUUUAUGAAAGUGGCACUUCCAUUCGAGCUGAGCACCAAAGUACAGCUUUGCCCGGACCAGGAAGAAAUAUGCCAAAUUCACAAAUGGUGACUAUUAGAGACUUGUCAGACAAUGUACUGUAUCAAAAUAAAGAAUACCAUUCGACACCACAGACCUCAUUACAUUCAGCAUCUACUACAAUGCACAGUAAUACAAACCCAUCACGGAGUAAUUUUUCUUCACAUUUUGCAUCAUCAAAUCAAUUGAGAUUAUCACAAAACCAAAACAAUUACCAGAUUUCAGGAAACCUUACUGUGCCUUGGAUUACAGGGUGUUCUAGAAAAAGAGCACUACAAGACCGCACUCAGUUCAGUGACCGAGACUUAGCCACCCUUAAGAAGUACUGGGACAACGGCAUGACCAGUCUUGGCUCUGUUUGUAGAGAGAAAAUUGAAGCAGUUGCAACUGAAUUAAAUGUUGACUGUGAAAUAGUUCGGACUUGGAUUGGGAAUCGAAGAAGGAAAUAUCGCCUAAUGGGAAUUGAAGUUCCACCUCCAAGAGGAGGCCCUGCUGAUUUUUCUGAGCAGCCUGAAUCUGGUUCUUUGUCUGCACUCACACCAGGAGAGGAAGCUGGUCCAGAAGUAGGAGAGGAUAAUGACAGAAAUGAUGAAGUAUCCAUCUGUUUGUCUGAAGGAAGCUCUCAAGAGGAAUCCAUUGAUAUUGUUCCAAAUGAGACGAGGGCUCAUAAGGAGGAGGACCACCAUGCAGUAUCUGCAGAUAAUGUGAAAAUAGAAAUUAUCGAUGAUGAAGAAAGUGACAUGAUAAGUAAUUCUGAAGGAGAACAAGUGAAUUCUUUCUUGGAUUAUAAGAAUGAAGAAGUCAGAUUCAUUGAAAACGAGCUAGAGAUUCAAAAGCAAAAAUACUUUAAACUUCAGACAUUUGUUAGAAGUUUAAUACUAGCUGUAAAAGCUGAUGACAAGGAACAACAGCAGGCACUGCUGUCAGAUUUACCUCCUGAAUUAGAAGAGAUGGAUUUCAAUCAUGCCUCGCCGGAACCUGAUGUUACCUCAUUCAGUGUGUCUUCUUUAUCAGAGAAAAAUGCCUCAGACAGUUUGUGAUGGGGGGUGGGGAUAUAUGAUACAGCAUUUUGGCUACCUAACAGGUACGCAUUUUAAGAUAAUUGCAUUCUGUUGCCCUGAAAUUCUUCAGUUGGAAAAACAUAUUGUUGAAACCAACAUGUUCUGUGAAGGAUAAACAAGAUAUAAUGACUACAGUGCAAAAAAAGUAUGUAAAAUU